AUGUCUCGCUUCCUCGCCCGGUCGGGCGAUCGCUGCCUCCCCUUCUUCAGGGUGCUCAAAAACCCGAAAAACUUUCAGUGGACGACGGAGUGCGAGGAAGCUUUCAAAAAAACAAAGCAGCACCUGGCCAGCCUCCCCCGACUCGCCUCUGUUUCUCCCGGGGAGAAGCUGGGCCUCUACCUAGCGACCUCCCCACAUGCAGUCAGUUUCGUCCUGGUCAAAGAAAGCUCCAGCGAACAACUUCUGAUCUACUACGUCAGCCAUGUCCUGAGCGGACCUGAGGAGCGCUACCCGCCAAUAGAAAAACUCGCACUCGCCCUGGUGCUGUCAGCUCGGAAGUUGCGCCCCUACUUCCAGGCCCACCCGGUGGAGGUCAUCACCGACCAACCUCUUCGGCAGGUCUUAUCUAAAUUUGAUGUUGCAGGGCGGCUCCUCAAAUGGGCGGUGGAGCAUGACGAACAUGAGAUAAGAUACGUGCCCAGGACCGCCAUCAAGGCCCAGGCGAUUGCCGACUUCAUCGUGGAGUUAACGCAGAGGGCAGACGGGGAUCUCGAGCAACCUCCCGAAGCUUGGAUUCUACACGUGGAUGGCUUGGCCAGCUCAAAGGGUGCCGGCGCGGGGCUGGUUCUGCUCGCCCCCGACGGACGCUCGUUUGAGCGCUCCCUCCGCUUCGGGUUUAAAGCCACUAACAACGAAGCGGAAUACGAGCUCAGCGGUGGAUACGAGGCUCGGGACCCAACCAUGGCGAAAUACCUGGCACGGGUAAGGGACCUGACUGCCAAGUUCCCUUAUUUUACGUUGUCUAAUGUUCCGAGGGAGGAGAACGAGCGAGCCGACGCGCUAGCUAAGCUGGUGUCGAAGCCGACCCCCGAAGCAUGGCUGGAGGUCGAGGAGCUUCCUGCCCGUGCCAUCGAAGUAGCGGCUACGACCCUUGGCAGUGCGCCAAUCACAUGGGUACAAGAGCUGCUACGCUUCAAGCAGGAUGGGACCCUUCCCCACGACGAAGUUGCGGCUCGGCGCCUGCGUUGUACACACGCGUGGUACACUGAGGAGAGUGGGUGGAUUUAUAGGCGGUCCUUCACCUACCCCCUCCUACGAUGCUUGGAGCCCGACGAAGCCCAGACAGUCCUGGCCGAGAUCCACGAGGGAGUCUGCGGAGAACACAUCGGCGGGCGAACCUUGGCACAUAAAAUACUCCGCCAAGGUUACUACUGGCCGACCAUGUGUCGAGACGUGAAAGUUUACACGUAG